CAGGGCGCCUGGGCAGAGGGCGAGGGCCAGGCCGCCAAGCUCUGGGCCGAUAGAGCAGGCAGGGCGUCCCUGCAGGGGUGGCCUGUCGUUGCAGCGACGGUGGACAUGGCUCAGGGGGUCACUGGGAUGCGGAGGGACUGGGGAGCACCCGCCCCACAGCCGUCCUGCAGGCACAGCCCUGUCGGUCCCCGGGGGCGGCUGAGGGACUGGGUAGGCCGGACUCUGGGUGCAGCGGCGUUUCUCCAGGGUGUUGGACUCGGAUGUCCUGAGGUGGCCGUGUGGCCCCCUGAGCGUUUCCCAGCCCUGGGAUGCCGUCCUCAGGGCCGCCGGCCCGUGGACAAGGCCACCCAGACAGGCCUGACUCGUCUAAGAAAGAAGGUUGGGGCCGGCUGACGCCCUGGUCCUCGGCCUGGAAAGCCCGGGAAAGCCUGACUGUCCUGGAACUUCCGGAAGCUCCACCCAGGGCUGCAGGUAGAGGCAGGUUGUCAUCAUAGGCGCGGGCAGGUCUGCGACGUCAUUUUGGUGCCUGAGCGCCGUGGGGCCUAGCAGGCUGGGGGGCAGCGUGAAGAGCGGUGCGGCCCCUGCAGACGCCCUGGGCAGGACGUGGGCACGUCCAGCCAGCAUGCGGCCCGGGGUGCCCUUGGCGCCAGGAAGCCCCCACUGUGCUUCCAGCGUGGCAGCUAUGCCUGGGGCUGGCAGAGGCAGAGUCCAGGGGUCCCAUGCUGGUUCGGCUCCCCUUCCUUCUGUCCCCUCCAGGCAGCAGGAGGUUGGCGCCAGCCCCGUGUCCACUUUCGGCUGUGACUCAGGGGCUCAGAGGCCUCGGCAAGGUCCCUGAAGUGGUGGAUGGAGGUCGCACGCCUGACUUCUGCCGUCCUUGUCCUGGUCCCCACCUGCUCGCGCGCUGCCCAGAGCCCCUGGGGGGGGGGGCUCCCAGGGUCAGUCCCCGCAGGCUGGUGUCCAGCACGGUGUGAGCCUCGCAGGCUUUUCUGCAGCCCUGACUCAGCUGGUGUUUUCGGCCGUGGUCGCCCUGCCACCGAGCGGGCCCACACCACCUGUGGCUUAGCGGGUGCGGGUCUGCUUGAGGAGCCUUGUCCAUGGCGUCGGCUCUCACAUCCACGGCUGUCUGAGGCUGGAAAGAGCUUGCUCCAUCCCAGGGUUCUCACAGUGGUGACCGCUGGGCCAGAGCUUGGGCCGCUCAGGGGACCUGCUGCGCGUGCAGGUGUCGGGCUCCUGAGACGUCUGGGCGGGGGCUUCUGGGGGGGGGGCCGCACGGCCCCGGUGCCCAUGUCUUCCGGCUUCUGCGGGUCGUGGAAGCAGCCACACUCUGCGUGGAGUGGACUUGGGGUCCUGGGGGCCUGGGGAGGCAGAAGUCCAUGGUUCUGUGGGCAGCCCUCUCACUCCUGGCAAGACGCGGAUCUGAGGCCUGGCUCCAGUCCCGCGCAGUGGACAGGGCUCGGUGACCUCAGGGACGAGGCCAGCAGGGGCGGCGGGUGCUGCCAGCGCAGCUCAGAGCGCGCCUAACAGCUUCACAAGAGAAGGCUGUGGGCAGCUUCUAAAAGCAGAAGCUCUUCUCCACACAAACGUGUCCCGUUACAGGAGGGAGGCAUGUUCGCCUAUCUCCCGGCAGUCUGUCCUGAGCCUGCAUCUCUCACUGUCCAGAGGGCUUCCUCACUUUGCCCCCAGGCUUGGCAGCAGCCACUGAGGGUGGCUCUGUGAGCGUCCUUGCAGUGACAGGCCCUGGCUCUGAGCCCUCAUUGUCACCUGCGCCGGGCUGGGAUUCUGGGCACAUCUCGGCAAAACUGCCGCCUAGACAGUCAGAGCUGGUCUCGCCUCCCCAGGGAGGGGAUGCUGGGCCAUGAGACCCACCCCCAGAGCCCUGCGAGCUCAUGGCCCAUUGGUGGCUGGGGUGAUGGGCUCUCGGGAACAGAGCCUCGGUUGGGGGGGGGGGCUCGGUCUCAGGGUCUUCCUGGGGGAAGGCAGGCCUGGCGGUGUCCCCAGCUCCCCCGCCGCCGCUGCCUUGAGGAUGAAGCCCACUCCUGCCCUGGGGACCACCUCCCCGUAGUUCCGGCCCCAGGCCUGGGUGUCACUUGUGCAGCUCUGAGUCUGGGCUCUGGGGACCACCCCCUGGGCCCGUGUCUGGAUAGAAAGCAGCAGUUGGAGGACGCACAGGCUACACCGAGAAUGGGCCUCCUUUCCGCUCCUUUCUCCGGAGUUAGAAAAGCAAAACUUGCCCGCGGGAAAAAUGUCAGCGCCUCACAGAGGCGAGCAGUCUUCCGGAAGGCCGUCACCAGGCCGGUGGCGGGCACGGACCCAGCGCAAACAGCGGCCAGUUGAUAGGAAGGACACAGUGGCAGGGAGGUGCUGGAUGUCCCUGCCUCCAGGGCAGCUGCAGCAGAGUCCUGGCUCCGGGUCCUCUGUUGCUGGGCGUCUCACGGUGCUUGAAAUGGGUGGAUCCUCGGGGGAAAUGACAACCAAGUCUCUGACAAUCAAUUUGUUUUUCCUGCAGCCCCAAGAACAGCAAGAUGUGCAGCGGGACGCCACCCAUUGACGUCCAGGCCCUGAAAAAGAAGGUCAGCAGGGUGACGUGCGACCCUGGGGUGCAGGCCAUCCUCAGCCACCUGCUGCUCUAUGUCACUGACCAUGAGGUAGGGCCCCAGGGGCCUCCUCCGGCCGCAGGGAGCAGGGCGAGCCACGCGCCAGAGCCCCAGGACACGCAGCGGCGGCCCACGCGCUUCCAGCUCCUCCAGGCCAAGUUCAUGGGCUCUGGCCGGGAGCCCCGCCUCAAAAGGACCAGGGAGGUGGGGAGGCUGAUCUUCAAGGACAAGCAGGGCCCUGGAAAGGGCCUGGUGACGGCCACCAUCCACAAGCUCCUGGAGAAGGCCGGGGCGGGAGCCGACGGCCCAGCGCAGGGCCGGGAGCGUGAGAAAGCCCGGCCCCCCGCCGGGAGGAGCUCCGUGAAGAACAUCCUGAAGGCGUUCUUGGCUGCGGAGGAGAAGGAAGCUCAGGAGAAGCCUCUCUCGGAGCUGCCCGAGGCCGCCAAGGGCCUCCUGCCCAAGGUCGGGGGCAGGCGAAGCUUGGCGCUGACCAAGCUGCGGGAGAAGUUCGAGCAGAGCGGCGGUCUCUGCGCCGAGGCCGCGGUGCUGCCCCUGCGCCUGGACCAGCGGAAGAAGAAGCACCUGCCCCAGAAGCAGCUGCACCGGCCCGAGCUCCGUGUGCUCCGCACGGCCACCUGGGCCAGCACCUGUGUCCGGGCACCCCCAGCCCGCUUCCUGGCCUGCUCGGCCGAGCCCGUGCUCCCCUGCAGCGUCGCCACCGUCGUCUGCGGCCCCCGGAGCUGGCUCUCCCGCGGCGCCAGAGUCACCCACAGGGAUGUGGGCCAAGAGCCCCGAGGAGAAGCAGGCACGUCCCUCCACACAGGAGCGAUGGCGCCCAGUGGGAGCCAAGUACCAGGAUGGGGGCAGCCCCCGCAGUCCCCCGCACCCCGGACGACCGCUCCCAGGGACAGCCUGGAAACCGUGUUCCCCAGUUCGGGGCCCGAGUUCAUCCUCAGGGCUGCCCCCUCUCCUGCCUCCCCCAGGGAUGAAGCCCUUCGAGGCUGUGAGCCUGUGACGGCCCCACUCGGGCCAGCCAGCCCAGGGUGCGCCGGGGCAGCAGGGGGCAAAAGGACGGGGGAUGCCCCGGGGGCGAGGGGAGCAGGCCUGGGCCCAUGGCCAGGGCUUGUGGAGGAGGGAGCAGGGGCUGCCCCUGACGUCAUCCUGAGGGCCUGCUGUUCGGAGGAUGAAACUGAUGGAGCGACAGCAGACACAGAGCCAGAACCCCUCUUCGCCGUCCAGGAGAAUCUCCCCGAAGAGAAAGCGCCAGGGCAGAUCCCUCCGCUUGCCGUGCCUGCUGCCCAGGCCGCGCGGCGCACACAGCCAGCCAUGGAGCCCCCACAGGUCACGGUCCGACUCCCGGUCGUCCACACAAUGCCGCCCCCUCCCGCCACCCCGCAGAGGGCAAACGGUCCCCACGACCAUCGAGACCAAGGCUGGUGUCUGGGAGGGGAGGGCGUGUGUGGAAUCACAGGGGUCCCCCCUCCCACCACAGCCGGCCCCACACAGCAGGGCCUGUGGCCAGAGCCAACACCCGUGCCUCCGCGGGGUGCUGCCCACGGCGGUCCAGGCAUCCCUAAGGUAGUUGUCCCCAAGGCUGGUGUCUCUGAAGCAGGUGUCCUCAAGGCGGGUGUCCCCAAGGCAGGCAUCCUCAAGGCAGGUGUUCCCAAGGCCAGUGUCUCUGAGGCAGGUGUCUCCGAGGCAGGUGUCCCCAAGGCCAGUGUCUGUGAGGAAAGUGUCCCCAAGGCAGGCAUCCUCAAGGCAGAUGUCCCCAAGGCAGGCGUCCUCAAGGCCAGUGUCUCUGAGGUAAGUGUCCCCAAGGCUGGCGUCUCUGUGGCAGGUGUCCGCAAGGCAGGUGCCCCCGAGGCAGGUGUCCUCAAGGCAGGUGUUCCCAAGGCUGGCAUCUCUGAGGCAGGUGUCCCCAAGGCCAGUGUCUCAGAGGCAGGUGUCCUCAAGGCAGGUAUCCCCAAGGCCAGUGUCUCUGAAGCAGGUGUCCUUGAGGCAGGUGUCCCCAAAGUCGGUGUCUCUGAGGCAGGUGUCUCCAAGGCAGGUGUCCCCGAGGCAGGUGUCACCAAGGCAGGUGUCUCUGAGGCAGGUGUCCCCAAGGCAGGUGUCCCCAAGGCAGGUGUCCCCAAGGCAGAUAUAUCCGAGGCAGGCGUCCCCAAGGCCAGCGUCUCUGAGGCAGGUGUCCCCAAGGCAGGUGUCCCCAAAACCAAUCUCUCCAAGGCAGGUGUCUCCGAAGCAGGUGUCCCCAAGACAGCCGUCCCUGAGGCAGUUCCCCCGAGGAAACCACAGAGAUGUGGCCCUGGAGGAAAGGAAACCAAAGGCAGCCCUGGGGUGUCACUCAAACUGCAGAAGCAUGAGGACAUCUGGGGACAGGAUGCUUCCCAACUAAGUUCUGAGGCUUGGCCGCCAGAACGGCUGGACAGGUGGGCCAGGGACGCCCGCACCCCGCCGCAUCAUUCCGAGGCCUCGGAAAGCCAGCAGAGGGGCCUCGCCAGCUGUGCCCCUGGCGGUCAGCAAGCACCAGUGCCCGAGGCCCCCAGUAGGGAGCACCAGACGGGCAUCCCCACACGGCCAGCAUCCCCAGCCAAGGGCAGGAUGAAGCCCGAAGGUCUGGCUUCAGCGGAUAAGAGCCCCCUGCAUGAGCAGGGAAGACACAGGGGGCCCCUGUUGUCACCGGAGUCGACCCGGCCCCUCCUGGCUGCUGAAGGGAGCGCCAGCCAUGACCUUGGUGAGAACAGAGUGACCUCCUUAAACGAACGACCGAAGCCCAGCGUCAGAGCCCCCGGGCAGGCGGCGGCUGCAGAAGCCCCCCAGGGUCCCCCAGCCCCAGCGACAGGGAACACCCUGCGCCCCCAAGACAGGGCGGCCGAAGAGCGGGCCUCUCGACAGGAGGUGGGGCGGGGCGUGCAGCCCCCAGGCCCAGCUCUUGUGGCCAAGGAGCCCGCUGGCCCGCCCCGCGGCCACGGCACAUGCAGAGCCUCAGGGUCGCUGCCCAGCCCCCGGCAGGAGGCCCUGGGCACCCCAGGCCUGCCUGUCGAGCCCCCUGUGCCUGCGUCAGGUGAACGGGCUGCAGGCAAAAUGAAGGGGCCCACGGGAGGUGGAACUGCAGGUGCCAUGAAGUGGAGCCCUCCGGGGGGCAGCCCUGAGCCCCCAACUCCAGCCCGGGAUGGCCCAGCCCCACAGGGAGGCCACGCUUGGGGCGCGAGGCCAAGGCCUUUGGAGAACCAGCGGGCGGAGGGCGGGGCGCGCCCCUUGUCUGCAGAACAGCCUCCCCUUGGCGCUGGGCCUUCCCGCCAGCCUCCACCGAUGUGCACAGCAGCAGGAGGGCAGCGGGUGGACGGCGCAGCCCAGGAGCACCCGGACCUCCGGGCGCCUGGGGAAGUCACGGCUGGGCACAGACAGCUGCCAGGAGCUGACCUGGGCAGCAGAGGAAGUCCUCGAGGGCGUGAGCAGGGAGGGCGGGGGCCCGUGAGUCUGGACAGUCCCGGGAGGAAGGGAGAAGCUGCUUGGCGCCAGAAGGCCGGCUGGGGUGGAGCAGAAGGGGCUGCGAGCCGGGCCCUGGACGAGGCUGCAGCCACCGUAGAGGCCGCCAGCCUGCACACUGGGAAAGGCCCAGAGCGCCCCGCGGGGCGGCGGGGGAGGGGCACAGAGGGCCCUCCUCGGGGGCAAGGACACUGGGGCCAGGCUGCAGCGAGCCAAGCUCCGCCCCUGUCAGGGAGCCCAGCGGGCUGGGCACAGGCCCCGCCCAGCAGGGUGGUGCCUCUCGACUUGGCCCGGCCUACUGGCGGCUCAGCAGAGGUGGCACGCACCAUAGGCAAAAGUGGGGUGUCCCAGAGACCAGACCCCAGAGGCGGCCAGUGUGGGCCUGGAAAACCACGUGGGGAAGGGGAGAGCCUGACGGCCCCCAGCCCCCAGCCAGGGCAGGGCCCCACGGCGCCCCUCACCCCCGCCCAGGAGAGGCCCCCGGACCCCGCCAGGGCAGGGACAGGCACACGCGGACGCGGACCUGGCGCAAGGGCGGCUCACCUGGCCAAGUACAGAGCCCAGAGCUUCAGUGACCAGAGGUCCUUCGAGUUGUCGUUCAGACCGAUGGUCAUCAGGGCCAACGACACGUUCGCUCUUCCAAAGUGAGGCCCUGCCCGGGACAGCAGGCCCGAGCCCCCACAUCCGCUCCUUCCUCCAGGCGGCCUCGCUCCGAGCGCCAGCACCUGUGCGGCUUCCUCUGUCCCCAAGUGACCCUGGAGGAUGUGAGCCCCAUGGCCAGCACGCUCUGGCCGUGUCGGUGACACGCCGCCCACACCCGGCAUGCUCACUGGCAGCCGCCAGGCUCACACCUGACUGCAUAGAGAGGUGUUUAGACUUGAACCUUUGGUGCUGAACUUCCUGUGUGUCUGUCCCCUCCCCUUUGGGGGCUCCGGCUUUGGGGGUCACUGGCCCCUCUUGGAUCGGACACAGUGGGGCGGUGAGAGGCCCUAAGUAGCCCAGCUCAGCCUGGAAGCCUCGGCCGAAGGCUUCUGUUGGAUGUAGCAAGUCCCAGGCAGGCCCGCAUCCCUGACCACCUGGCCGUGUGACAGUCAAGGGGACGCUGGGAUCCCGGGUCAGGCCCCGCAGUCCCUGCUCAGGAAGGCCCGACCAGGGCCAGCAGACGCGGGAGGGGAUGCUGGAGUCCAUCCAGACGACAGGGACCCUCAGACCAUCAGAGGCCGUUUCCAGCGUGCAAUUCCAAGGAAGCGUUCGCUCAGAAACUGGGGAGGACAGGAAGCUGUCACCAGCCUCCUGUCUGUCUCUGUCAUCACAGCAGCCUCCUUGGGGCCUGCGAGUCCGGCUGGGAUCCCAGACAGUAGCAAGGGUCCCCCUCUGGCCCUGCUGCCCUGCAAAGCACUCGGGGUUCUGCCACUGCUGAGACGGCGCACUCUCCGUCUGGAAUGUUUGAAUAGUGUAGGAGCAUAAAGGAGGAAACAAACCCCGAAACCCCAUGGCCUCGAGGUGACACUGCCCUGUCUCCGCGUUGGUUCUCCAAGCUUGGCCUCAGCCUCUGUCCCGCAGCAGACACAGGCGAGUCUCUGAACCGUCGUCCCAGAGCAGCCACGACACGGCCUGAAGUCCUGGCGCGUGGGGCUCAGCGUGAGGGGCCGAGGGCAUCCAGGCCGAGCCGAGUGGGGCUCUCCCCUGCCCGCUCCCCUGCGGAAAGUGGAUUCUGCUUUUGAGGAGCCAUGAUGGCAGCAGUGCCAGGCGCCGGCCCGCCUCUGCUUUUCCGACUUCGUGUUCAUUUGGAGACAGGACAUUUCUGACCCGAGCUGUGAUGCUGCUGAGUAAGCACGGUGACCGGAGUGGCCCUGAGCUCGGCAGGGGCUCGAGGUCCUGCAGGCUGGCUGUGCUGUGUCCAGGGCAGGGCUCGUUCGAUGCCCCCCUCCCCGGCAAUUAAUUUCACACCCAGCAGAUCGGAAACUUCCUUCAGGUCAAUCCUCGGCGUGUCCAAGGGCCCCGGGAGCUCCUGGGAGGAGCUGGGUCCCUCCAUAGUACAGGCCGGGGCCCAGACACGACACUUACCAGCACACACAGUGCUCCCGUGUCCAUUAUCUGGGCACCUGGGUGAGGACCCUGGCUUCCGGGAUGGGGAGCCAGGGGCAGGCCCCUCACCUGCUGUGUUUCGCUCCCACCACUUGAGAGCCAGUGUGGACAGGACUGAGGGGCUGGCUACGGGCCGGCCCACCUGGAGGAGGGGGUCAGAGCACAUGGGCCGGGGGUUCCUGGUGCCCUUGGCCCUGUGGUUUUUGGGAAGGAUGCACCAGACUCCGGGGUGGCCCCCUGGUGCUGCAAAAGCCAGAAGGCUCAUGAGACACCCACAGGGAAGGUUCCCGGCAAAGCCCUCGAUGCUGGGCCUUCUUGGUUCCUGGAUUCCACCUGCUGGAGCUGGAAGGCGACCUCCCGCUACUGUGCUGGGGGCACCGUCUUCAUUUACACCAUGCUCUGGAAAGGAUCUGAAGCGGUGUUUGGCAAAGAAGGUGAUGACAGACAGAGGAGAUAAAAAUAUAUUCACUGGGUGUUCCCUUUUUAAAAUAAGAAGCAGGAGGGUUUUGUUGCUAUUUUUAAAUAGACCAGAAUGUCCACCGGAGAUGCAGUGCGUGGCACCACCGCAAGUGAUGGAAACGUGACCAGAAUCUGGCUGAGGUCGCAGUCUUGUAGAAGGCGCACCCGGGGUGCCCGGGACAUCGGCAGGGGCAGAGCGAGUUGGUACCCUGCACGCCGAUUCCACACACACAGCUGAGGGUUACCCGUGCCCCUGUGGGCACAGACCCAACAACCCUCGGGAAAGACUAGGGUGAUUUUCCGGGUGUCAGCCUGCCUCAGGCUACACUGACCAUGCCAGUCGGAGGACAGCCAUGGGAGGAAGUGUUGGCACCACAGGCGAGGCUGUCUUUUCUACAAAAGGAAGACCCUCCGACCGUCCUGGGUCAAAAUAACUGUUGCAGGAGCAAGGGGGAUACCAGAUGGCGGGCACUUUACAUAAAACCCACAGCAAAGGGGCAUUUACGUUGGCAUUUUAGUUGACACUCACCGUCUCGCGCUUGAGUAGCUGGUCCACAGUCACCUGGCUUCAGUCUUUCACUGCGACUGUUCGCAGACUUCUGUGAGUCAUGCGUGUGUGUGUGCGGGACGCAGAGAGAAAACACCCGCCAGGUUCACGAGAGUGUGUCUCUGCUUCAGAUGUUCCUUCAGGAACAGCAGCAUUCGGAAGUUUACAAAUUCAGUAUCACCUUUUUUUUUUUUUGCUUUUUAGGGCCACAGCCACG